GGAUCACAUUCAGUCAGAUAAUCCUGAACUGACUCUAAGAGCUGCAGACAUGAAUCCAGGUGUGCUGCUGCUGUUUUUCGCAGGCUUUGCAUUUGGUGAAGAACCACCAGUAACGAAGCGGGAUGGAGAGACUGUGACCUUACAUCUGAACCAAACAGCGCAUCAGUCUAAGGACUAUCUGUGGACCUAUGGCCAGCAUCAACCGGUUUUAGCAAUAACCAUUGUCACCAAUGGACAAAUCACUCUUGUCAACGGGACCAGAUUUGGAAACAGGCUACAAACAAAUAUAGAAACGGCGUCAAUCACCAUCUCUAACCUCACCGUCAAUGACAGUGGCAUAUUUCUGGUUCAGGUUCUCACAGAAACAGGAACCCUGCUCCAAAGAUUUAACCUAACUGUCCACGAUAAUACAGUUAUUAAUGUUAAUGUUCUGGACGGGAACAACGUCACUCUGGAUCCUGGAAUAAAAGAGCUACAGAAACACCAUACUGUGAAGUGGACUAAGGGUCGAGACUUUGUUGGAACACUGAUCGCUCAGUGGAAGGACUUCAAGACUUUCAUCAAUGAAACCUUUAAGGAUGUUCUGCAGCUGAACGAGCACACUGGAGCUCUCACCUUUACCAGCGUGACAAGAGACCUGGCUGGGUACUACUGCGUGAAGAUGCUGAUUGGAAGCGAACUGUACAUCCUGAGGCAGUAUUUCAUCACGGUCUAUGAACUUGUUCCCAAACCACACAUCACACCAGCAAACGCAAGCAUCACAUAUCAGCUGGCAAAUGAUGGGAUCUGUUAUGCCAUUUGCUCAGUGAGGAAUGCGCCUGAAGUUACCUUGUCCUGGUACAAAGAAGAGAAGAAGUUGAAUGAGAGCCGCGACCCAGACAUCUCCGUCAACCUGACGCUGCCUCUGCAGAUCCAGAGUCAGCCUGAAGGCAUCUACAUCUGCAGAGCAGCGAACCCUGUCAGUGAGGAAACAGCAUCGCUCAACUCCACACAGUGGUGUCCACCUCACCGCUCAGAUCAUAAAACCUUAUUUUUGAUUGUUGGGGCCGUGACUGUUGGACUUCUUGCAGUGUCUCUUCUUGCAGUGCUUUGUACAUUGGGGAUACGCUGCAGAGCAAAAGACAACAGUGGAGCACCCAAUUGUUGUGGGACGGUGGAAAUGCGACAAGUGACAUCACCACAGGACAACGGUGGCUCGCAGGACAGUGGUGAACGUCUCCUUGGUUCGACUGGGAAUCAGUGAAGAUCCUUCUGGUACUUUUCCUUCCAGUCACACCUCUCGUACUUGCUGCUCUCCUCUUGCAUUUAGAGAAUAUAAGUGGUUGCGAGUGUUGGUCUCCACUGAAGCAAAACCAGACAGUUCCAUCUGAAAUCUGGCUAAAGAUGCACAAAAUCUGCUUUUCUGCGUAGUUCAUAUGGUCCAAUUUGUUGUGCAGGUUCAUGAUCAGUUUAUUUUUUUUAAACAAAAGUUUAUUUUUGAACAUCAGCAUCAGUUAAAGACGGUCCAAACCAUCUGGUAUGACAUGUUUGGUGUCUACAGGAACAAUUCUGCUGCUUAAAUCCUUGUAGCGACUUCAUGAAUAACUAAAGAGUGCUGAGAGGAUGAAGUUGGGCCUAGCUCUUUGUUCGACACGCUGUACAAAAGAUUCGCUGAUAUCCAAAUACCUUUCAAAAGUUUAAUAAGGAAAAAGGUUAACUUAAUAUAACGUGCACAAAAUAUAAUGAAAUGAAUCUCACAACGAUCAA